AAAUCGAAUUUGAUGAAAAUCUUAAGGAUCUCAGUAACAAAUAUGAGCAUAAUGAUCUUAUGUACCCAUUUGCAUCUAGUCAAAUAUUUGAAUCUCCAAUACAUUCUGCACAAUUACUUACAUCCGGCGAAGAUGUAAAUAGUAUAUUAGAAGUGGAAUUGCAAAAUGAAAAAUACACAGAUUUCGAGCCUGGUGACACAAUUGGUAUCUUACCAAAAAAUACAAAUGAGGAAAUUAAUUUUAUAUUAAAUCACUUAAAUUUAUCAAAUAUUGCGGAUCAAAUUAUAACAAUAAGUUGCACAAAUAGUAGUAAAAGAUUACCAAAUUUUAUUCCUACACGAACUACUAUCAGAAAUAUUUUAACGUGGUGUUUGGACAUUCGAUGUAUUCCGAAAAAGUUAUUUCUUCGAAUGUUAAGUGUACAUACUCAGAAUCCAGAUGAAAAAACUCGUUUAGAACAACUUUGUUCUGUACAGGGAAAAGACGACUAUACAAAAUUUAUUCUGGAAAAAGAAACAAAUUUAAUAGAUAUUUUCAAAUCAUUUCCCAGCUGUAAACCAAAAUUUGAUCGUCUUCUUGAACAUCUUCCACGACUUAAUCCAAGAAGUUAUUCAAUAUGUUCAUCACCUUUAGAAAAAUCCAAAAUCAAAAUUGUUUUGUCUAUUGUUAAGCAUAAAAAUAAUUUAAUGGGACUGUGUUCAGGAUAUAUAAAAGAUAUAGCAAAACAAAAACUAACAAUUGAAAGUAACUUGGAAAACUUAUCUUUGAAUAAUGAAAAUAAUUCGAAAAUAAAUUAUUACUUUAAAAAUCCUUCGAAUUUUCAUUUACCAAGUAAUCAAAAUACACCGAUUAUAAUGAUUGCAACCGGAACAGGUAUCUCACCAUUUGUUGGAUUUUUACAACAUCGACAAAAACAAUUGGAAAUGGACUCUACAUUAAAAUUUGGUGAAAUGUGGUUAUUUUAUGGUUGCCGUUAUUCAAAUAAAGAUUUUAUUUACAAAAAUGAUUUAAAUAUUAUGCUAGAAGCUCAAAUUUUAACUAAAAUGUAUGCAUGUUUUUCAAGAGACAAAGAUCAGAAACAAAAGUAUGUACAAGAUAAUCUAAGAUUAUACAAAAAUGACGUAAUUAAUUUAAUUUUACAUCGAAAUGCUGUUGUUUAUAUUUGUGGUGAUAAGAAAAAAAUGGCAGUGGAUGUAAAAUCAGAAAUUAUAAAUAAUAUAAAAGAUGUUGGACAAAUUUCAGAGAAUGAGGCAAAUGAAUUUAUGGAAAUGUUAGUUAAAUCUCACAGAUAUGUUGAAGAUAUAUGGCAAUAAUUUUUUGCAAUAAAUUAAAAAUUAAUAGCAAA